GCGACGGGGCGGCCUCGCUUGGUGGCAGCGGCCGGCGGCUGGGGCCGUGAGGGAGCGGCGGGGCGGCGGCAUGGGGCGGCGGCGGGCAGGAGAUCUCAGCCAUGCAGAACUGAUGAUGAUGACGAUAGCUGACAUCAUAAAACAACUAAUUGAGGCUCACGAGCAGGGAAAAGACGUGAAUCUGAAUAAGCUGAAAACCAAGACUUCAGCCAAGUAUGGGCUCUCGGCGCAGCCACGUCUGGUCGACAUCAUCGCUGCCGUUCCGCCGCAGUACCGCAAGGUGCUGGUGCCAAAGCUGAAGGCCAAGCCCAUAAGGACUGCUAGCGGGAUUGCUGUCGUGGCUGUGAUGUGUAAACCACACAGGUGUCCACACAUUAACUUUACGGGCAACAUAUGUGUGUACUGCCCAGGUGGGCCUGAUUCUGACUUUGAAUAUUCAACGCAGUCUUACACUGGAUAUGAGCCAACAUCCAUGAGGGCCAUUCGGGCUAGGUAUGACCCCUAUCUCCAGACAAGACACAGAGUGGAACAGCUGAAGCAGCUGGGCCACAGCGUGGAUAAAGUGGAGUUCAUCGUGAUGGGCGGAACCUUCAUGGCCCUGCCUGAAGACUACCGAGAUUACUUCAUCCGAAACCUUCACGAUGCCUUAUCGGGUCACACUUCCAAUAACGUAGCAGAGGCUGUCAGGUACUCGGAACGAAGCCUGACAAAAUGCAUCGGGAUAACAAUAGAGACCCGGCCCGAUUACUGCCUGAAGCGGCAUCUAAGUGACAUGUUGUCCUACGGCUGCACGAGGCUGGAGAUCGGAGUGCAGAGCGUGUAUGAGGACGUGGCCAGGGACACCAACAGAGGUCACACCGUGAAGGCUGUGUGCGAGUCGUUUCACUUAGCCAAGGAUGCUGGCUUCAAAGUGGUGGCACACAUGAUGCCCGACUUACCAAACAUGGGGCUUGAAAGGGACACGGACCAGUUUGUUGAGUUUUUUGAGAAUCCUGCUUUUCGCCCGGACGGCAUGAAGCUCUAUCCAACGCUAGUGAUCCGUGGCACUGGUCUGUACGAGCUGUGGAAGACUGGAAGAUACAAGAGCUACCCCCCUAGCACUCUUGUGGAUCUGGUGGCCAGAAUCUUGGCUCUCGUCCCACCGUGGACACGUGUGUACCGUGUUCAGAGAGAUAUUCCGAUGCCACUAGUGAGCUCCGGAGUGGAGCACGGGAACCUGAGAGAGCUUGCCUUGGCCAGGAUGAAAGAUCUUGGGACACAGUGUCGUGAUGUAAGGACAAGAGAGGUUGGAAUUCAAGAAAUUCACCAUAAAGUGAGACCGUAUCAGAUUGAGUUGGUUAGAAGAGAUUAUGUGGCUAAUGGUGGCUGGGAGACCUUCCUGUCCUAUGAAGACCCAGAGCAAGAUAUUCUCGUUGGCCUUCUACGACUGCGGAAGUGUUCAGAGGAGUCCUUCAGACCCGAGCUGAAAGGAGGUGUUUCCAUCGUCCGGGAGCUGCACGUGUAUGGGAGCGUGGUCCCAGUGAGCAGCCGGGAUCCUUCAAAAUUUCAGCACCAGGGAUUUGGUAUGUUGCUCAUGGAGGAGGCGGAAAGAAUAGCCAAGGAGGAGCAUGGGUCAUGGAAAAUUGCUGUAAUUUCAGGUGUUGGCACAAGGAACUACUACAGGAAGAUCGGCUACGAGCUGGAAGGGCCGUACAUGGUGAAAAGGCUGGACUGAGCCCCGGGAGGCCCUCACCCUCCAGCUGCUGGGAGGAGAGAGGACAACACCAGACUCAUCCUGGGAGGAAAGCUCACGGUGCUGGAUUGAAGCUGAAAACCAAAGCCUGCCAGCUGCAAAGGACUUGCUUAUGCCAGAGCCCACGGCAGCAAAUGGGGCGUCUCCCCUGGGGCACACAGUUCUCCUGAGAGCUGCCCCUGCCCCAGGAGAGGUGAUGGGCAUGACAUGUGUCUUGUUACCCACAAAAGCCUGCCGGAUAGCCGGGGCUGGCUCUGAGGCAUUGCAAUACAGGACUGAAGCACAGGUGAACUGAAAGCUCUGAAUUUGGGGGCCCUGUCAGGCAGCCUAGUGUGAAAAAUGUCCAUUGUUUCUCUGAUGCUAUCUUUUGGGCUUUUAACGUGCGUUGAAAUUGCGUUCAAAACGAAUGAAUUCCUUCUCUUUGCAUAUC